CCUCACACAGAUGUACAUGUAGGCAAAACACCAAUGCAUAUAACAUACUAGUGUUUUAUACACAUAUAUGUUAAUAUAUGUUAAAGGAUGUUCAAGCAGCUUAAGGUGAAAUGGUAGAACAUAAAAUUGAUAUCCUUCUACACCAAGUCAUUUCUGACAUUCCAUACAGAUAAAAUCUCUAGAGGAUAGGAACAGUAUACUUAGUUGAAGGUAGAGAAUAGAGAAUUCUAAUAGCUUGGUGCAUAGCUACUUAGGACAAGAUAAAAAGGUAUGUCUAGAGAAAGAAAAAGGCUACAAAGCAGUUUUAACUGCCCUGGCCUCCUCAGGAGAGGGAGGGUAAUUGAGAAACAGUUGUGAGGCAGCUCCUGGCCAUCCAAGCUCCACCUCUUCCUAGAGCUUUUGUGCUGCUUCUCAGCUUCUACCUCGGAAGAAGAACAGCCCUUUAACUACAUCUUCACCUUUUAAAAAGUGUUUGAGCCAGGCAUAGGCACACCUCUAACCCCAGUACCUGGGGGUGGGGGGGGGCAGAGGCAGGAGGAUCUCUUGAGUUCUAAGCUAAUCUGAUCAGAGUGAGUUUCAGGGUAGCCAGGACUACAUAAUGAUGCCCUGUCUCAAAAACAAAACCAAGCAACAUAAGACAGUCUGUCUGUCUGUGUGUAUGCCCAGAGGACAGAGGAAGGCAAGCAGCGUUUUAUUCAUCCCUCACUGCCAAAUUUAAUAGAGGUAGGGCUUCUCAUUGAACCUGGAGGUAGGACUGCAGCCAGCAAGCUCUCAUGAUCGUCUUGUCUCAGUCCGUUAUAGCACUAGGGUUACAACAUGCACAGUUGUGUGUGUCUGUCUGUCUGUCUGUGUGUGUGUGUUUGUGUAUAUUAUGCUGGCAGCAAGUGCUCAUACCCACUGAGCUAUCUCUUCAGCCACCAAAAUACAUUUUAUAUAUAUAUGUAUUUAAGUUUGCCUGCAUGUACAUCUCUGCAUCAUGCCUGUGCUUGGUACUCAUGGAGGCCAGUAGAGUUUGAUCCCUGGAACUGGGGUAUACACACUUGGGUGUAUGUGAGCCAUCAUGUGGGUGCUGGGAAAUUGAACUCAGGUCCUCUGGAAGAGCAAGUUGACUGCUGAGGGAUGUCUCCAGCUGCCCCACCCCAAGUAUUUUUGAACAGUCGGUUCCCGAUUCUGGUCCCCGGCCCCCAGCAGCGCCUGCCCCCUUCCCACCGGGGCCCCCCAUGAUGCCACCACCCUUCAUGCCCCCUCCAGGGCUUCCACCUCCUUUUCCUCCGAUGGGGCUUCCCCCUAUGAGUCAGAGACCACCAGCCAUUCCCCCCAUGCCACCUGGCAUACUGCCCCCAAUGCUUCCACCAAUGGGGGCACCACCACCACUUACACAGAUACCAGGAAUGGUCCCUCCCAUGAUGCCGGGGAUGCUGAUGCCAGCGGUGCCUGUCACUGCAGCGACGGCUCCGGGUGCGGACACCGCCAGCUCUGCCGUGGCUGGGACAGGCCCUCCGAGGGCCUUAUGGAGUGAACACGUGGCCCCUGAUGGGCGCAUCUACUACUACAAUGCUGAUGAUAAGCAAUCCGUGUGGGAGAAGCCCAGCGUACUCAAGUCUAAGGCAGAGCUACUACUGUCGCAGUGUCCCUGGAAAGAGUACAAGUCAGACACAGGGAAGCCUUACUACUACAAUAGCCAGAGCCAGGAGUCACGCUGGACCCGGCCCAAGGACCUGGAGGACCUGGAAGCCCUCGUCAAACAAGAGUCUACAGGAAAACAGCAGACCCAGCAACUACACCCACCUCAGCCACAGCCUGACCCUCCACCUAUACCUCCGGCUCCCAUCCCAGUGCCUAUGGCCCUCCUGGAACCUGAACCAGGUCGAAGUGAAGACUGUGAUGUGCUGGAAGCUGCCCAGCCCCUGGAGCAGGGCUUCCUGCAGCGGGAGGAGGGCCCCAGCAGUUCUACUGGACAGCAUCGGCUACCACAGGAUGAGGAGGAAGCUAAGCCAGAACCCGAGCGAUCUGGCCUCAGUUGGAGCAACCGGGAGAAGGCAAAGCAGGCAUUCAAAGAACUGCUAAGGGACAAGGCUGUCCCUUCCAAUGCUUCAUGGGAACAGGCCAUGAAGAUGGUGGUCACUGACCCCCGUUACAGUGCCUUGCCCAAACUAAGUGAGAAGAAGCAGGCGUUUAAUGCUUACAAGGCUCAGCGGGAGAAAGAGGAGAAAGAGGAGGCCCGGCUGAGAGCCAAGGAGGCCAAGCAGACCCUGCAGCAUUUCCUGGAACAGCAUGAACGCAUGACCUCCACCACCCGCUACCGGCGGGCAGAACAGACUUUUGGGGACCUGGAGGUCUGGGCUGUGGUCCCUGAGAGAGAUAGAAAAGAAGUUUAUGAUGACGUGCUCUUCUUCCUGGCCAAGAAGGAGAAGGAACAAGCCAAGCAGCUCCGGCGUCGAAAUAUCCAGGCCCUGAAGAGCAUCCUGGAUGGGAUGAGUAGUGUCAACUUCCAAACCACCUGGUCCCAGGCCCAGCAGUACCUCAUGGAUAACCCUAGCUUUGCUCAGGACCAGCAGCUGCAGAACAUGGACAAAGAAGAUGCACUUAUCUGCUUUGAGGAGCAUAUCAGAGCUCUGGAGAGAGAGGAGGAGGAAGAGCGGGAACGGGCCCGGCUUCGGGAGCGGCGACAGCAACGGAAGAAUCGGGAGGCCUUUCAGACUUUCCUGGAUGAGCUGCAUGAGACAGGGCAGCUGCACUCCAUGUCCACCUGGAUGGAGCUGUACCCAGCAGUCAGCACUGAUGUUCGCUUUGCCAACAUGCUGGGCCAGCCGGGCUCUACUCCUCUGGACUUGUUCAAGUUCUAUGUGGAGGAGUUGAAGGCUCGAUUCCAUGAUGAGAAGAAGAUCAUAAAGGAUAUUCUUAAGGACCGGGGCUUCUGUGUGGAGGUGAACACAGCAUUUGAGGACUUCGCUCACGUCAUAAGCUUUGACAAGAGGGCUGCUGCGCUGGACGCAGGCAACAUCAAGCUGACCUUCAAUAGUCUGCUGGAAAAAGCAGAGGCGCGGGAGAGGGAGCGGGAAAAGGAGGAGGCCCGAAGGAUGCGGCGCAGGGAGGCUGCCUUUCGGAGCAUGCUGAGGCAGGCCGUGCCUGCUCUGGAGCUGGGCACUGCCUGGGAAGAGGUCCGUGAGCGCUUUGUGUGCGACUCAGCCUUUGAGCAGAUCACCUUGGAGUCGGAGCGGAUCCGGCUCUUCCGAGAGUUCCUGCAGGUGCUGGAGCAGACUGAAUGCCAGCACCUCCACACCAAAGGCCGAAAGCAUGGCAGAAAGGGCAAGAAACACCAUCGCAAGCGUUCACACUCACCCUCAGUGAGUCGGCAGGGCUCUGAGUCAGAUGAAGAGGAGCUGCCCCCACCAUCCCUCCGGCCCCCCAAGCGGAGGAGGCGGAACCCCUCAGAAUCUGGCUCUGAGCCCUCCUCCUCACUUGAUUCAGUUGAAAGUGGGGGUGCUGUUCUUGGAGGACCAGGCUCCCCAUCUUCCCACCUUGUUCUUGGGUCAGAUCAUGGUCUUCGGAAAACCAAGAAACCAAAAAAGAAAACUAAGAAAAGAAGACACAAGUCGACCAGUCCUGACAGUGAGACGGACCCCGAAGACAAAGCUGGUAAGCAGAGUGAAGACAGAGAACAGGAACAGGACAGGGAACCCCGGCAGGCAGAGCUCCCUAACCGUUCCCCAGGCUUCGGAAUCAAGAAGGAGAAGACAGGCUGGGACACAUCAGAAAGCGAGCUGAGUGAGGGGGAGCUGGAGAGGCGAAGGCGGACACUCCUACAGCAGCUGGAUGACCACCAAUGACCCCACGAGCUACUUUCUGCCUUGGGACUUCGUGAGGCAGUGGCUCCAGGGUCGCCUCAGCAUCUGCCUCAGACUCCUUCGUCUGUCUGGUCUGUGUCCACUUUUCCUAAAGUAACCCACCCCCAACGCACUACUGUUAGCACCUCUCCAGGUUGCUCUUGGUGUUCAAGGGUCCCCUAGUUCUCAGACAACUAGUGCAGUCCUUGCCCUCAGCCCCAGACCAGAGAUGGGCAGUCUAUACUACGGGGUGGGUGAUGCCAGUAGAUAGUGUGAGAAGGGGUCUCCAGGAAAGAGACAGGCUGGUUGGACACAGCCUGGGUGGCCAAGGGCAGGGUCCUCACCCUCUAGCAUCAGUGCCUGCUCUUGCCUGACCUGGCCCUGGGGCUCCACCACUGCUUCCUCUCCCCCUGAGACCCGAUGUAUGUGUUCUGUUUUGUUUUUUAAAUAAUAUUUAUAAUAUGAUCUACAA